GUGUCGAGGCGGCCUUUGUUAAGUUGUCCGCUCAAAUGUCGAAAAUUCAAAUAUUUUACGUGUUCCAAAUUAUAACACUUUGGGAAGCGCACAGAUCAACACACUCAACAAAUAACAAAAAACAUAUUUGAAAGAAAAAUGUUAACACAAGUGACCAAUUAACUGCGUAAAAAAUCAUAUUUCGUUAAAAACUCGUAAAAGCGCUAUGAUAACCGCCAAUUUCAAACAAAAGUGUAAAAUAAGCUGGCGAUAAACUGUAAGCUGUAAGAACAAGAGCAAAACGUGCAACGCCAACGAGCCUCCAGCCCUGGUCGUAUUUUCGCCAAUUCUCCCCGGCUUCCCACUUCUCCAUUCCGUUCGUGCUAAUUCGGCGGCUGUAAUUUGUAACGAAUUGUAUUGGAUAUCCUCGUGGGCACAAACAGUAACUCCUCAAAAAUGGAGGCAGCUAUUCUGGACAUAAUCAGCGGGAUCCUGGGCACGGACACGGAGCGGAUUCGUCAGUCAACAGCCAAGAUGAUGAAGGCCUACGAGAAUCCCGAUUCUCUGCUGGUUCUCACCCAGAUUGUGAUGUCGGACAGGGCGGUCCAGGAACGGCAUAUCGCCGCUAUGCUUCUCAAGAAGCGGAUCAGCAAGUUGCGCCACUGGCAGUUGGUUCCCGCCGAGCAUCAGGCCGCAAUUAAAACGAACAUGCUUCAGGUCCUUAUUGCGGUGAAGGAAAAGACGGUGAAGGGCACGGUGGCCCAGAUAAUUGGAUCGCUGGUGCGCCACGAGGCGGAAAAGGAACAUUCCUGGAUGGAGGAAAUACUGAAGUUUAUUUACGAACGUUGCAGCAGUCCCGAUCCAACAGAAAGCGAGCGCGGCAGCUCAAUCUUUACCACGCUCAUGGACGCUGCUCCCGAUCAGUUUUCGAACCACAUGGAUACUAUCUUCCCGCUGUUCGCCGGCGUUCUAGUAACCGCAGAGGCGAACGGUAACAUGGCCACACCCACCGUGUUUAACAUGCUGGCGGGUACGUGCUACCUCCUGCCCUUCGUUAGCGGUCAUAGUGGUGCUGAGCAGAUUGUGGUUAAGGCUAUACCGCUAAUUCUCAAGGCCCUAGGCGCCUUCGCCGAAAAGGGGGAUAGUCAGGAGUUCAUGGGUGCUUUUGAUAUCAUAGACGCCAUGGGCGAGUAUGUGCCACACUUACUGACUGGUAAUGUGAAGCUGAUUUUGGAGUUUUGUCUGGUGAUUGCGAGCAAUCAGCAGCUCGAGGAUUCGAUUCGAGUUCAGGUGAUUACCUUUGUGGGCAGCCUAAUGCGCCUGAAAAAGAAGGUUAUUAUGAAGCAGAAGCUGCUGGAGCCCACACUAGCGGUUAUGUUCGAAGUGAUGUGCCAGGACCCACUUGAUGACGACGAUGAUUACUUUUCGUCAGAGAGCUCGAAUAGCCCGUCCAAUGCAGCUACGCAGACUCUGGACUUGAUGGCCCUCCACAUGGCGCCGGAGAAGUUUAUUCCGCCACUACUGCAGCUGCUGGAGCCUGCGUUGCAGAGCCCGCAGCCCGUGCUUCGUCGUUCCUCUUUUAUUUGCAUGGGAGUCAUUGCCGAGGGCUGCUCCGAGGCCAUUGGGAACAAGUAUCUGGAGGUCAUGCUAAAUAUUGUCAAAGCUGGAAUUUUUGACUCUGUUAUGUUGGUGCGGGUCGCCGCAUUCUUCGCUCUUGGACAGUUUUCCGAGUAUCUUCAGCCCACAAUCUGCAAGUUUGCUCCCCAGAUUCUUCCCGUGUUGUUCGAUUAUCUGAGCCAGCUGGUAAUGGAACUCAAGGCUGGCCAUAACAGCAACGGGCCGAAUCUCGAUUCCGUUCCUGCCAAAGAUUCCAUAAUGUACUUAGACAAGAUACAGAUCAAGCGCAGAUCGCUCCUCGCCAAAUAUAGGAUUGGUACGCCGGAACCGAAACACAUGGAUCGUAUGUUCUAUGCCUUGGAGACCUUUUGCGAGAACCUGGAGGACGACAUCGUUCCCCAUUUACCCACGCUGAUGGAUCGCCUGUUUGGGGUUCUGGAACCCCAGAACUCGUAUCGAAUGCGUGAAAUGGGUUUGUCGGCCAUAGCAGCGGUCUCAACCGCAGCUAAGGUACACUUGAUGCCCUAUUUCCCCAGGAUCAUGAGCAUACUACAGGGCUGUCUGGUGAAGGAGUGCCCAAAGGAAAUGCAAAGUCUGCGCAUCCAAGCUAUCGACACUCUGGCCGCGCUCUGUCGCGAAGUGGGCAAGGAUAAUAUUAUUCCGCUUGCCGACGAUACAAUGAACUUCUGUCUGAUGAUGCUGGAAGAUGGUCCGGACGAUCCUGAGUUCCGCAGGAGCAUCUACAACCUGAUGUCCUCCCUGUCAUCGGUUGUCAACGAGAGCAUGGCCUCUGUGUUCCCCAAGUUCAUUGAUCGCAUAAUGGAGUCUGUGAUUUCUUCGGAGGACGUGUUGCCACAUGUUUCGGACAAUGCGGAGGAAGAUUUGAUCCUGGAUACGACCGAUGUAGAGAUUGAUUUAGAUCAAACAGACGACGAAGACGACCAAGACGGCUACCAGGUGGAGAAUGAUUACGUUAUUGAGAAGGAGGAGGCUAUUAUGGCACUUAAGGAGUUUGCUGCACACACGGGCGCCGCCUUUGCACCCUAUUUGCAGUCUGCAUUCGAGAACGUCUACAAGAUGAUUGAUCAUCCGCAGGACGACGUCCGUAAGGCGUGCAUUGACGCCAUUUGCGGAUUCAUUGUGGCUCUCUACAAGUUGGGAGAUGCCGCCGGCUUGAAGCGCGCCUGCGAGAUUGCCAUUCCAAAGUUUGCACAUAUGAUGCGCACUGACGACGAGGUUGGGGUCGUACUCCAUCUGCUUGACGUACUCGGCGAUGUCUUCAAGGAUGUCCAGUUGCAGGCAAUAAACAACCAGGAGCACGCCGAACUAAUUUUCGGAUGCAUUCGGGACGUCUUCACAAAUAAGAUGGCCUGUCAGUUUAACGAAGAGAGCGGCGGUGGAGAUGAGGAGGACUCGGAGGAAAGCGAGAACGACGAGAUGCUGUUCGAGAACGCUGCCAAUCUGUUCCCCUUGUUUGGCUUGGCCCUUCAGCCGGAGUUGUUCUCUCUUUAUUUCGGACGCCUUUACCAAUUUUAUGUUCAAAGGCUGGCGAAGGCAAAGGAGCGCGAUAUUCCAGAACAUCGGGCUUACAUCUAUGGCGCAUUGGCUGACUCCUUCAAGGCGCUGAAGGGAUGCUCUGCUACUUACUUUGACGGCCUGUGCCCCCUUUUUAUCACCGGAACCAAGGAUUCUGAUGCCAAAUCGCGACAGAACUCCUAUUAUGCACUAGGCGAACUGGUCAUCCAUUCCGAGGAAAAAUCAUUCGAGUCGUAUCCGGCAAUUCUGCAAGCCCUUUCCGAAGCAAUUGUCAGGGAGUCCCAUCCCGCCGCCCUGGACAACAUUUGCGGAGCAGUUGCUCGCCUUAUAGUUACCAACCCGGAUUCAGUGCCGCUUGCCCAGGUGCUGCCCGUGCUGCUCAACCAUUUGCCCCUUAAGGAGGACGUAGUGGAGAACGAUAUGAUUCAGAAGGCGUUCCGCGUUCUAUACGUAAAGGCUCGCCCCAGCAUUGUUGCACAUCUCGAGCAAAUCCUGGUCAUUACCAUAGAGGCGAUUUACAAGAAACAGAUGCCAGACGACGAGACAACCGAGAGCGCAGUGGCCCUCAUCAAAGAGAUUCGCGCCAAUUACCCGGAACAGUUUAACCAAGUAUCAAACGCGAAUCCGGAAGUGUUUAAUUAUGUGCAAACUCUGUAAGCCCACAUAUCCCAGCAAAAACCACCAAAAAGCUCUGCACACAACACACAUCAUCUGCACCUACUUGGCUAAUGCCCAACGCCCUUCGCCCGCAGAUUCAUAUAUUGGAAGUGAUGCAAGUGUCGCAAGGAAGCUUUUUUAUACGAAUAGUUUCGAAAUAGUCUUAAAUUUCAGUUGUGCUUCUUUGGAGUUUAAUCAUUCAAGAUUAGCGAUCUUAAAAAUUGCGAGAAGUAGCUUUUCUACCGGCCGAAAAACAGCGGCAAAUGUUUUCUAAUUUAUAACCACAUCCAGUGAAACAUGAAUAUGUAUUGAAACAAUAAAGAGAUUACUUGUUUUCAUUUAAAA